AUGUCUGCAAAAGAACCAAUCUCAGCGGAUACGCAUAUAUUUUUUACCGACCCUAAUAAACCCGGGCAAGUGUUUGCGAUUAAGCGCAAUCAAAAUGCACCGGCGAACGGACAAAGUACAUCUUUAGCAGAGGCCUAUCGUAAAUCCUACAUGAAAUCCUACCAGCCAUCCACUGCUGGCACACAGUCGGAAAAGGAAUCAGAGCCAGGUGCAGUACAAGCUCCAGUUCCAUCUUAUUCCACUGGACUUCCGGGAGAUGUUGAAGUUGAAAUGGAAGGUGAUUACGACAAUCCACAAAAGCCUGGAAAACCGGCUGAGCCUGGAGAUCCGGCUAAAAUUGAAGAAUCGGGCGAUGGAGAAGAGGCUCUCGGAACGCAAACCAGGUACAAACGCAAGCGAAUUCCUGCAGACGAAAAAACCUUGAAUAAGCUGAAAGCGGUGCUGGAAAAGAAUCCAUUCGACUAUCCAGAAAAAUCAGUGGAGCGAAGAGAAGCGUGGGUUUCAGCUGUAAAAUUAGCCAACGGAGAUGAUAAAAUCAACGUUAGAGAGACCGACAUAAAUGCCAUCAAAGCUGUGGUGCAGCGACAUUUGAAGACGUAUAAAUCCAUCGAUAACGAAGAUCGCCCUACGGGAACGGAAAGAGACAUCGAAGUCUUUGACGAAUAUAUGCAGGUCAUGGAGCAAAUUUCUAAUUAUAAAGAAUCGGCACCUCUGGCUAUUCGCAAACCUGAAAAGGCAAAAAAAGAUGCUGCCAUUGCCAUACGUGCAAGGGCAACUAAGCUUGCAAUGACAAGUGGAAUGUCCGUGGAAAAGUUUGGCGACUUAAUGGACAACGGAUUAGGUGGCCAUACAGACAGCUACGAUGCAGAUUUUGAGAAUGGCGAUUUAGUCGAACGCUGCGAUGACAUGCGAUUUGACAAGGACGAGUUAUUGACAGUUGGUGAGGACGGUCAAUUUGAAUCAUUUUCCACGCUGGAUAAAAAAGCCAGGCUAUCCGGCUCCGACGAAAAAAGCCUUUUGAAAAGUUCCAGCGAAGAAAUUUCAGUCGCGAAUGAAAGCUUUAUGAAAGGCGCUAUGGCUACUGCAAGAAAAGCCGGAAAGCCGGCUGGUGUUCAGACACCGAAAAAGUCACCUUUCAAAGGCAUUAAAGAAGUUGCUGAAGCAGCGCGAAAAAAAGCAACCCACAUUCGCGGUAGCAGACAGCAAAUAGCUGCUUUGGCUGGUGGGCUGCAAUCGGCAGUGGAAAAGAUGUCUGACGGAGAACGCAUUACUAGCGCUAUGGAGCGGGAAGAGCGGGCCCUAGAUCGUGCUGCGGAAAAAGAAAAAGCCGAUGCUGAUCGAGCGGAGCGGAUUCAAAAGGACAAAGAAGACCGUGCGGAAAGAGAAUUAAUUCGACAACAGCAAAUCGAAAAAGAGGAACGUGACAGAGCCGAAAGAGAAGCCGUUCGAAAAUUGGAGCUUGAGCGGUUUAAAAUUGAAAUGGAACAUCGCGAAAAAGAGCAAGAAAAACGAUCGGAUGAAGUCAAAACGUUAAUUGGAUUCAUGGGCGAUUUUCUUAAAAAAUCUAAAACUACAAAAAAAUCUCAGGCGUCUGAAAAUGUUAAAAUAGCUGAGUAA